GUAAUGUAGCUGUCAGACUGGAGCAUCAGGUUUCUGUGUGCCUGCCCCCAGCACAGCCUACAGAGGAUUCUACUGGACACGGCUGGGAGCCUGGCUCCGUAGCCACACUGGCUAAAACAUCUGGACAAGCACAUGCCCAGACCACUGACAGAGCUGCAGAAAGCUGCCCAGGUCUCACCAGCUUUAACCUACAGGGCUUAAAAUCUGAAAGAGGAAGCCUGGGGGUUCCAUAGUGCAACAUGCUGAAUGGGACAAGGACCUGAGCGGCAAGACAAGUAGAUUCUGCCUACAUCAUUGGUGGUCCAGUUUUGCUCCUCUCCAAAAAUGUCACUGAGACUUCCCCGAAACUGGGACUUCAACAUGAAACCUGAUUUGGGCAAAAUAGUGCGGUCGGUCAGCGUGAUGUCCAGUGACCAUUCGGCAUCAUCUGCUCGCCUCCAUCACCAGAACUCCUUGGAAAAGCCGGUCAAGAGUGGUUGGUUGAAAAAACAGCAAAAGUCCUUUGUCAAAAACUGGCAGCAGAGAUACUUUGUACUGAAAGGACAGCAGCUGUGCUUCUACAAGGACCUGGAUGAUGGAAAGGCACAGGGCUGUCUAUUCCUUCCCCGGAGCACUGUCAGUGAGGUUUCCUCUAGUCCAGAUGAUGCUGGCAAGUUUAUAUUUCAGAUUAUUCCAGCGUCCUCCAUGGAGCAUAACAAACCCAUUCCAGAUCCUUACGUCCUGAUGGCGAACUCACAGGCUGAGAUGGAAGAGUGGGUAAAGGCCAUUAAAAGAGCAGCAGGCUUCCCAUCUGGAGCUGUGUUUGGUCAAUGCCUGGUUGACACUAUAACCUAUGAAAAGAAAUAUGGAAGGCACACAGUCCCUAUUUUAAUGGAGAAAUGUGCAGACUUUAUCAGAGAAAAAGGAAUGGAUGAAGAAGGAAUAUUCCGACUCCCUGGCCAAGACAAUCUGGUGAAGCAGCUGAAGGAAGCGUUUGAUGCAGGAGAGAGGCCUUCAUUUAGCAGUGAUACAGAUGUACACACAGUGGCAUCCUUAUUUAAACUAUACCUGCGGGAACUGCCCGAGCCUGCUAUACCUUGGCGACAGUAUGAGGAUUUUCUCUCCUGUGAGAAAAUGAUGAGCGUUGAUGAAGAAAAGGGGCACGGAGAACUGAUGAACCAAAUUUCCAUCCUUCCAAAGGAGAACUACAAUCUGCUCUGUUUCAUUUGCAGGUUCCUUUUUGAGGUGCAGAAGAAUUCUAGUGUGAACAAGAUGAGCGUGGAUAACUUGUCUAUGGUGAUCGGAGUCAACCUUCUCAAGCCACAGACGGAGGAUCCAGAGGCCCUCAUGAGAAGUGCUCCUCAGAUCCAAAGGUUAUUGACAGUGAUGAUUAGCCACCAUGAGAAGUUUUUCCCUAAAUCCAAAGACCUACCUGAGGAACCAGUAACCCAGAAGAGUGACCACAAGAAGGUGCAGGUACCACGCAGUUCGGUUGGGUGGGAUGCUGCUGAAGAAAUUGUGUCACCUGGAGCAGAGCAGCCUAAAAAAGACAUAUGUGGUUCCCGUGGUUCCUCCACAUCAGAAGAUGGGUUGGUAUCCCUAGAGGAGGAUGUCUCUUUAUUAAGGGACACCUCAGGAUCAUGGAAAGCAAUGCCAAGAAAAAGAACACAGACUCUGCCAAUAACAAAUCUACCGAUGAUGAAUAAACAUAUUGAUAACAAUAUUAGCCCCAAAGGGGAUCUGUUUAUUGGUGAGUUUUGGUCUUCACCUUCAAAACAACAGACUUCCAUAAUGUCUUCUCCCGGACACAAGAGGACACUGUCAGAAGAGUCAGAACGCCACCGUAGAUCCACUUAUGAUAAUGUACCAUUUUUACAAGGUGAAACGGGACCCUGCUCAUUGCCUUGUAUGGCUUCAAUGAGCACUGAGGAGAAGGUUGCUCAACAAACAAGGAUUGUAAAAAAUAGUGUUCAUAGCCCAGGGACCGAUAGCAAACAGGACAACAGCCAGGAAAUGUCCCUCAAACUAAUGGAGCUUCAAAGGGAAAGGGAAAAAGAAAGGAAAGAGCUAGAAGAAAGGAUUCAAAGCCUCGAAAAAGAAAACUAUGACACGUGGAAAAAGGUGGUGAAAUUACACGAAGAUUUGGAGACAGAAAAGAACAAGCAGAAGGCACUGAAAAUCACGCUACAGAAUGUUGAACGAUCUCGAGAUGAUGCCGAGAAGAGAAAUAAGAUCCUUGAACAGGAAAUUCAGGGGUUUGUGAGAGCCAUGGCCGCAUCAAGUACCAAGCCAGAAUAAGCAUUACUAUAUCUGUCAUAGAUAGCAGUCCUAUCUAUAGACAAAAACAGAUAGGAAAAUGGCAGCCUAAGAGAACUCAUCAAGGUACAUUUCAUUCCUGGAAAGUUAAAGUUUUCCUACCAGUGGGCAGAACAAAAACUAACAGAUGGAGCUUUACUUUUAGGGUCCCACAUGAAAGUAAAAUCUUUCUCAGAAAUUGGCCCAAAGACAGUUGUCUUGCACAGGGAUUCUACCUUGCUUUGCCGUGUCAAUAGGGAAAAACUGUUCCAUAAAGAUGACACCCUCAGGCAAGAACGUUACUUUAUCUUCUGGUUUGUCAGAAUCAGUGUCUAUGUUUCUAAAUGGCAAAACCGGAUCUUGAAGAAGCCAUUUCAGCAGGCAAUGUUCAGUAUUUCAGACUGCUGCCCUUUGAGUAUUUUUGCCUCAGAUAUCCACACUUUCAUUCUGUAUAUUCACAGUCCAGUGAUGUAGACUUGUUACAUUGAUGUUUUACAAGACUGUAUUCUAUAAUAUCUAAUCAUACAAUACUACAGCUAACGAGGAACCGCCAAAAUAUUUGCUUAUAUGAAGUUUUGUAAGAAUAAAUGACAAUAAUUUAA